GGCCAGCCCGGCACUCGCUUGAAGCCGGCGGCACACGGCUCCGGCCGGCAGCUCGGGUGCUGCCAGCAUCGGCCUCGGCCCCCGGGUUCACUGCCCUCGCCCUCCGGCGUGCUCGGUGCUCCGGACCGGCGGCGGCUGCCGCUGUGCCUGUACCCGUUGCCAUGGCUGCUCUGCUGAUGGCGCAUCGCCUGCUGCUGCCGUCGCAUCAUUCCUGACAGUGCUCCACACUGGCACAGAGGGUCCGAGCGGCUCCAGACGCGCCCCCGGCAUCCCCUGCACGUGGGGAGCGAGCCCGAGAGGGAGAAGUUUGGCAGUGAAUUCAAGCGAGAGGCACCGUUUCACAGGAGCUUCAGCCUGGAUUGAAACAGCUCCGAUGGCUCUGUCAAAUAUCUCCCUGUGGAUUCGGGAUGCCUGGGCUGUGGCCACCUCUAACCUGGACGUCGAGAGCAAGAAAGCCGCCCCCGCCAAGCUGCCAUGGCAGCAGCCCGUGAACGUCUUCCUGGCAGCUGGGCGCCCACCGGGCAUGGAGCAGCUGCACCAGGAGGCCCAGCUCAACCUCCAGAGCUUGCUGCAAGAGGAGUAUGAGGAGCAGUACACCGAGAGCAGGGUCACUGGGCAGACCUUCCGUGCUGCUGGUCACCUGCCCCCCGACACCUCCCCUGAACCAUCACCUCGACCCCCACCUGCCAAGCGCCUUGAGUUCGUGCUUAUGCCCCCGAGCCAGCGAGCAGCUGAAGAAGAGACCAGCAGCAGCACCGUGCUCAGUGCUCGGCCUCCUGAUACCUCCCUGAGCCUCCCCACCAGCCCCGACAAACAGCCCCCCUGGCCCAGGGCCUUCCCCUUGCCCCCCGUGGAGGAGAAGCAGUGGCACCAGCCCGGCUCCAUCCAGACCAACAUUGUCCCCAUCAAUGUCUCCGGGCAGCACUUUGCUAGGCACGCGAGUGCUCGUCACUCCCUGUUUAACACAGAGACCGCGAUGAACCCCAAGUCCACCCUGCGGCGUAGACGGACCAUUAUUGGAUUCCCUAACCUGUCCCUGCGAGACCAAGGCAGCGCCAACGGCCCCACAUCCAGCACACACGCGCCCAUCAGUGAGUCACUGUCCUGCAGCUUUGUGCCUGAAACCACGAGCAGGGGGACGACGCCGCAGGAGAUCAGCCCUCGUCCACCCCUCUCAGCCCCACUGAGGAAGACCUUCAGUGACCUCGGGGCCCGCUGCUGCCAGCCACCUGCUGCCAUGGAUGGGGCAGCCAACCCCUGUGCCAGUGCCUGCAAUGGGACACAGGGCACCCCUUUUUCCCCGCCCUGGAGCCCCCUGGGUUAUGGGAGCCCCCCCAGCCUCACCACUGGCCCAGGCAAGGGGCCCACCUGCACCUCGCCGGGCGGCUUCAUCCCAUCGCCCAGCCCAGGUUCACCCGCCGCCUCCACCUCCUUCUUCAUCACCACAGAAGAGCGCAUGGGCAGCAACGGGCCCAGCUUUUUCUCCGGCCCAGUGCCUGCUUCCCCCCCUAGCUCCGAGUGCAUCCAGGGAGCCAAGGGGAAUUUCUUGCCGGGCAGCCGAGAGGAGCUGGAGCCAGCGGCAGGGCCAGCGCAGCUGGAGGUGGAGCGGGCAGGGUGCCGGUUCCGGGAGCGGUCACUGUCAGUGCCCACGGACUCGGGGUCCCUCUGCUCCGUGGACAUCGCAUACGCCGAGACCCGGCGGGGCAGCGCCAACUAUGCCCUGGGCUACCCCAGCGCCAGCUCCGAGGGCAGCACCAGCACCGACAACAUCUCCCUGGGGCUGGAGCCUGAGGGGCAGCGGCGGCGGCGCUCCAAGAGCAUCUCCCUGAAGAAGGCCAAGAAGAAGCCCUCGCCACCCACACGCAGCGUCUCGCUGAUCAAAGAGGGGCAGGACGGUGACGUGGGGCUCAGUGCGGCACUGCCCAAGGACCAUCGGCCCAAGAGCCUGUGCAUCCCACCAGAGCUCCAGGGUCACCGGCUGGUGCACGCCGACCCCCAGGGGAGUGCAGGCAGGGAGCCCAACAGCACAGCUGCCCCCCACCAGUGGCAUCUCACGGACUGGAGGGCCAGCAGUGAUCACUACCAGUCCCUCUCUGGCUCAAGCACAACCACAGGGACCACGGCUGUUGAAUGUGCCAAGACACAGGGCAGCUCUGAGUCCCUCGUGUCCCCUUCAGUCUCCAGGGCCACGACGCCCUCCCAGCUCUCUGCCGAGGCAGACCUCAAGACCUCCUCGCCAGGCAGGCCCACGGGGCUGAUGUCCCCCUCCAGUGGGUACUCCAGUCAGUCAGAGACCCCAACCCCCACCGUACCCACCUCCACCAUCCUCGGGCACUCCCCGCACCAGGUGCGUGUGAGGCCACUGGUUCCCGAAAGGAAAUCCUCUCUGCCCCCAAUAUCCCCCAUGGAGAGGAGCCCCAAGGGCAGGCUGUCCUUCGACCUCCCACUGACUCCACCCGCCCACCUCGACCUCUCAGGGCUGAAGAUCUCCCUGAAAGGGAAGACGAAGGUCAGCCGGCACCACUCUGACUCCACCUUUGGCACCAAGCUGGCCCAGAAGACGAGUCCCAUCACACCCAUCAUGCCCGUGGUGACACAGUCCGACCUGCGCUCUGUCCGCCUCCGCUCCAUCAGCCGCUCAGAGCCGGAGGACAACGCUGAUGGCCCAGAGCACACAGAGGAGCCAGCCCACGUCCCCUGCCCAGGGCCAGAGAGGAAAGUGAAGCCACCCGUGGCAGAGAAGCCACCACUGGCCAGGCGCCCCCCCUGCAUCCUGCCCAAGCCCCCAGUUCUGCGGGAGGAGGGUCCCCUGUCCCCCAAAUCCCCACCAGGCACUACCGCCAAGGAGAAGGGGCUGGCACAGGACGCCUUCGUGGUGCUGCGGAGAGGGGAGCUGAGGAGGGGUCUGGGGGAGCCCCACUUGUCUCUGACCCCAGCGGGGCCCCGGCGGCUCUCGCAGGGCAGCCUGGACGAGCUGCGGCCGGAGCGGAGCGGUGCCGAGGGGGAGCGCAGGAAGGCCAAGGUGCCCCCGCCAGUGCCCAAAAAGCCCAGCGUGCUGUACCUGCCGCUCAUCCCAGCCCCGGCACAGCUGGGAACUGCUGUGGGGGACCUGCCACCCACCCCCAGCCCCAUCAUCACCCUGGACACUGACCCCACCUGCUGCGACCCUGACGCUGAGGAUCUGCCAUCCCCCGAGGCUGUGGGCACCACGCCUGCCAGCGAGCCUGCCAGCGAGCCUGCCUCAGAGCAAGGCAGCUCAGCAGAAGCCGGCACGGAGGAGAAGAGCUUUGCCAGCGACAAGACGGCCGAGUCCAUCGUGGAGGAGGACGAUGAGGUGUUCACAACGUCCCGCACUACGGAGGAUCUCUUCACAGUGAUCCACAGGUCGAAGAGGAAGGUCUUGGGGCGAAAAGAGCCUGGUGACACCUUCAGCAGCCGACCCACCUCCCAUUCACCUGUAAAGACUUCAGGCUCCCCAACUGGAGAGUCUCUGGCAGCAGCAAGCAGCAGUGGAAAGUCUUCCAGCAGGAAUGAGGAUUUUAAAGCCCUGCUCCAGAAGAAGAGCAGCAAAACAAGCCCCGGUACUCGGCCAUCUGCCGCCGAACUGCUCAAGACCACGAACCCGCUGGCCCGGAGGGUCAUCACAGAGUUUGCCCCUGAGCUGGAUGGUGCAAACAGCCCCAAAAGCCAGCCCUGACCACACAGGGGCCCCUCCAGCCGGAGGGGUGGCAAUGGCUGCAGAGGGAGCGCUGCUGCAAAGGGCUGUCCUGGCUGCUGGGGAGCCCCUGUAUCCUGCUGCGGGGUUCUUCUGCUUUUGUUCCUUACUUGGAGAGCUGCUGGCAGAGAGGCAGUGGCUGGAGCCCAAGCUCUCAUGACUCUGGGCCCUUCCCAUGAGGGAAGUGGCUGGAACUGGCCCUGGCUGAGCCAGCUCCUGGGAUUGAAGGCACCUGCCCAGGAAGCAGAACAGGAUCACAGCCCCUGGUGUUGCCCCGUGCCCACAGCAAAGCAGUUUGAGACUCUUUGGUCCCUUCGGCAUGUGGUACUUUAAACAGAUUUUCUAAUGCACA